GGAUUGCUGUUGAUUAUAUAGUACACUAUGCCAUCAUAACUUCUAAGUACAUGUAGAAUAAACCAUGCUGGAGUGUCAUGCAGCAGUCACCUACAAUUAAACAUCGUUGAAACAUUUUAUUUUGAGAUAAAGAUUGAUUUUCCUCUAAACUUUACCAUUUUAUCUCGUAAUUUUCAUACUGGCACUUAUGUCUUUGUGUUUCAUUUUAACAUGUUGGUUUAUUGACCUUUGAGUGUCAUCUACAGUGAUGCUACAGGCAUGAAAAGACGGUCUUCUUUAUUCACACAAAAUAUAGAAAUGAAUGUGAACAAAUUUGAGAUUGAGAGAUUUUAAGUAUCAUCAAGUGCACGUACAAAAUAAUAUUGAAAACUUUAAGUGACUCAAUUUCCUCGUUUAUCAAAACAAAAUUUAUUUUCUUUUUUAACUUAGUAUGUAAGGGAUGUUUGGCUUAAUUGACAUGAGCUAUGAAGUAAGACAUUGGAUUUGACAUUGUAAAUUACGUCACCAUAAGGUAUGACGUCAUAACUUGUGAGUCGUGGCAUAGAUAUUUGUCAGAUAUUUAAACAAGAUUAUCGUAAAUUUACGUAACGAAUACGUGCAGUAAACAGAAAAACGAAUAAUUUUAUUGUCGUAUUAAAAUUUUUGAAAAAUUUUUCAAAAGACGCGCUUUUUUGUAAUAGCUAAAUUUGAUGCGAAAAUUGUCUUAUGUAAUGAUGAUCUGAGGUACUUAGAGAUGUCAUGCUUUUGGUGAAAAUGAUAAUAUCUAUGUAUGUUAUCAUCAUGACAGGUUCACAGUCAUCUCAAAUAUACUGAUUUUAAAAUAAUAUGAAACGUUCAGUGGAACUCAGAUUGUAGUGCAUUAGAAGUUACCGUGAUUCAUCAAUGAUUUUACAUGUGAAAAAAAACGUGACUUUACUUUGACGCUAAUAUUACAUUAUUGUAUCAUAUUUCCUUACUAUUAAGAUUAUGUAGCAUCUUGCUUUGCGUCGUGCUCUAGUGGUUUAUUUUCAUGAAGAAAACUUAACAAAUUGGCGAAGUAGCAAUCUUUGCAAGAACGUCAACGACUAGUAGUAUUUGUUGUUUUAUUGUUAAUGCACAAUGUAUCAAUAUCAAGUAAAACGUUUAAUUCUUCCAAGCUCUUUAUUUGUCUGUGGCUUUAUUAUUUUCCUUUGUGGAUUGGUGAGAACCUUUCAUAUUGGAGAAAAAAUGCCAACAAAUGAUAUAGAAAAGAAAAAUAUUCAAGCGUAUAAUGAAUAUGUCGAAUGGUGGAUUGGCUUUCCUCUGAUGGUUAAUGCUCUGUUGGGAAUCGUUGCUGUAUUAUAUGAGAAACCGUUAGUUUUCAAAAUCGCUGUUUUUUCAAUUGCUGUAUGUUUUGUUCUGUCAAUAUUCUCGUUGAUGUUGGAUGCUGGUGAAUUAGCUUGGCUAUCUCUAAAUGUACACCAUAUGAAAUUCUUGAAAAUGGAAGGAUUUGUUUGCAAAGAUAGUUAUCGUAUGCGCGACGGAGUUUACAAUUUUACAGUUUGUGAAUGCAAACUAAGCAAAAAAACUGGUUUGACCUCUGUGUAUCUUACUUGGACUUCUUGUAAACUAUUGAUGGCUCAGUACUAUGUCUACUUUAUAAUUGUGUUCUUCACAUCUUGUUGCUGUGGUCUCUGUUUGUUCACUAUUGCCUAUUUUGUUCUUGAGCUUAAGCCAAUUUCACAGAUCAAAAAUGCAAAUGCAGGGAGCGUAGAUGAGACUCCAUUGAACGACGACUUUGAUAAUCUUCACGGUAGUCACGUCACAUCGUAAAUUCUUCAAUUAGAUUGAACGAUAACUCAGUGCUUUAAUAUUUAACUUUACAAUGUCAAGAAAAAUGUGUAACAUGCAAUGUCAAAAAUAUGAAGAUUUUAAUUCACAUCUAA